UCUUUUUACGCUACAACGAAGAGAAAAAAUUUUAAUCUUACUAUAGAAGUAAAAAUACUUGUUUUGACUGUUCUAGAGGUACUACUGCCGUGAUUUUCAUUGCUUAACUUAAUAAUCAACAACAGUUUAUAAGACACAUUAAAACGGAUUCAAAGAAUGGCUAGUGAAGAUCAGCAUCAGUUUACAGAAGAAGAAAUCGGGGAAUUCAGAGAAGCGUUCUCCCUUUUCGACAAGGACGGGGAUGGAACUAUCACCACUUCUGAACUGGGUACAGUGAUGAGGUCUCUAGGGCAGUCGCCCACAGAGCAGGAACUUCAGGACAUGAUCAACGAGGUGGAUGGCGACGGGAAUGGGCUGAUAGACUUCCAGGAAUUUCUGCAGAUGAUGAGUCGGAAGGCGGGCGAGGGGGACGAGGAGGAAGAGAUCAAAGAGGCCUUCAAGGUGUUUGACCAGGACGGCAACGGACUCAUCGACCGAAACGAACUCAAAAACAUCAUGUUGAAUCUUGGGGAGAGAUUGACAGAUGAAGAGUGUGAUCAGAUGAUCAAAGAGGCCGACUUGGACGGAGACGGAUUCGUCAACCUCGAAGAGUUCAUCAUAAUGAUGAAGCCCAGAUGAUCAGAGCCAAACAAUCAAACAAAACGCAACCUAUCAUUUCAUACUUUUGUUUUACAUUUGUAAGAAGCUAGUUAACCAUGAACAAAUUUGAAGUUUCAAACUGUUGUAA